AUGUGGCAGUGGCUCGGGGGCCCGGAAGGAUUCUCCGAACUGGAGGAUUGGACACAGCUCCAACGAGCUUCUGUGUCUGGAUUUUAUGUCAAGGAGGGCUGCGGAAUGGAAGGGUGGCCUCCUGGGCCCUGGAGUAGCCUCCCUCUCUGGGGAUUUGGCCUGGCUUCCAAGAGUUUCAGGUCAUUCUGCGGGAAGGGAGGAGUCCUGUAUUCUGCCUCAGGUGUCCCUCCCAAAGAGGGAUUCCAGAGAAGAGCCCGGUUUCCUGGCGACUGGAAAACCCAAACUCGGCACGAGGCUUAUGGUGAGGGUCACAAUGCGUCUUUGUGCCCAAGGCGACCCUCCAGCAUGGGCGUGGCCUCCUGGGCCAUGCAGGUUUCUCCGACCCUGAAGGUUGGACACCAGGCCAACAGCAAGGUUUCUUGGAUGGCGAUGGAGGAGUUCUGA